UGUCAUGUGGCAACAGCUUUGUUAUGGUUGCUCGAGGUGGCACGUAUUAGCGGUGCGUCUAACAUCAUAGCGUUUACCUGGUGGAAUACUUACUGAAAUUUCGACAUUGAUUUACAUUUUGAUCUAUAAAUAAUGCCUCUGCGCUUGGAUGUCAAGCGCGGUCUCACCGCACGAUCUGACCGUGUCAAGUUUGUGGACCAGCAUCCCAGUGAGCCAUGGAUGCUCGCUGCACUCUACAAUGGCAACAUCCACGUGUGGAACCUGGAGUCACAGCAGCUCGUCAAGAGCUUUGAGGUCUGUGACCUGCCGGUGCGAGCUGCCAAGUUUGUGGCCCGCAAGAACUGGGUGGUGUCGGGUUCUGACGACAUGAUGGUGCGCGUCUUCAACUACAACACACUCGAGCGCGUACACCAGUUCGAGGCACACAGUGACUAUGUGCGCUGCAUUGUUGUGCAUCCCACACAGCCCUUUGUGCUGACCUCUUCAGACGACAUGCUCAUCAAGCUGUGGAACUGGGACCAGAAGUGGGCGUGUCAGCAGGUGUUCGAGGGACACUCGCACUACGUCAUGCAGAUCGUCAUCAACCCCAAGGACAACAACACCUUCGCCUCCGCCUCCCUCGACCGCACUGUCAAGGUCUGGCAGCUUGGGUCCCCGCACGCCAACUUCAGCCUGGAGGGCCACCAGCGGGGGGUGAACUGCGUCGACUACAGCCACGGCGGCGACAAGCCCUACCUCAUGUCGGGGGCUGACGACUGCCUGGUGAAGAUCUGGGACUACCAGAACAAGACGUGCGUGCAGACGCUGGACGGCCACACCCAGAACGUCUCCUCAGUGCAGUUCCACCCCUCCCUGCCCCUCCUGCUGACACAUGUCCCUCCUUACAGUGCAGUUCCACCCCUCCCUGCCCCUCCUGCUGACACAUGUCCCUCCUUACAGUGCAUCUCUACUCAGCGCGGCAGCAACAGCGUCUGCAUCGGGUACGACGAGGGCAGCGUCAUGGUCAAGCUGGGUCGGGAGGAGCCCGCCAUGUCGAUGGACGUGUCGGGGAAGCUUGUGUUCGCCCGCCACUCUGAGCUGCAGCAGGCCAACCUCAAGGCCACGGCGGACGCCACGUCAGACAUCCGGGACGGGGAGCGCCUCCCCCUGGCCGUCAAGGACAUGGGGGCCUGCGACAUCUACCCCCAGAGCAUCAGCCACAACCCCAACGGCAGGUUCGUGGUGGUGUGUGGGGACGGAGAAUACAUCAUCUACACGGCGAUGGCGCUGCGCAACAAGGCCUUCGGUCCGGCGCUGGAGUUCGUGUGGGGGCUGGACUCGUCCGAGUACGCCAUCAGGGAGUCCAACUACACCGUCAAGAUCUUCAAGAACUUCAAGGAGAAGACUUCCUUCAAGCCGGACUUCGGCGCUGAGGGUCUGUUCGGAGGCCAGCUGCUGGGCUGCAGCUCCAGCGCUACUGGACUGGCCUUCUACGACUGGGAGACCCAGGAGCUGGUGCGCAGGAUAGAGAUCCAGGCGAGACAGGUCUACUGGGCCGAGUCCGGCCAGUACGUCGCCAUAGCCACUGAGGACAACUACUUUGUCUUGAGGUACAACGCUGAUGCUGUGGCCGCCGCCAGGGAGCGUAAGGAAGGGGUGACGGAGGACGGCAUCGAGGAGGCGUUCGAGCUGCUGGAGGAGGUGGCGGGUGAGGUGGUGCGCACCGCCACGUGGGUGGGCGACUGCUUCAUCUACACCAACGCCGUCCACAGGCUCUGCUACUAUGUGGGCGGCGAGAUCGUGACUGUCGCCCACCUCGACAGGACGCUGUACCUGCUGGGGUACCUGGCGAAGGACAGCCGCGUGUACCUGGGGGACAAGGACCUGGCCGUGGUGUCCUACGAGCUGCACCUCAGCGUCCUGGACUACCAGACGGCGGUCAUGCGGCGGGACUUCGACACCGCCGACCGCAUCCUGCCCUCCGUCCCGGUGUCGCACAGGACGCGGGUGGCACAGUUCCUGGAGAAGCAGGGCUUCGCGGCGCAGGCGCUGCAGGUCACACAGGACCCCGACCACAAGUACGACGAGAUAUUUAGGCUGUUUAUCCAGACCAAGGGUUGUUUGGAGCGUCCUUUAGGCGGCGUGACCUCUAACACGAAGGACGUGACCUCUAACACGAAGGACGUGACCUCUAACACGAAGGACGUGACCUCUAACACGAAGGACNUCACCUGUGGGGACCUGGCCCAGCGCCUGGGCCGUCUCGACCUGGCCCAGCUGUGCCUACGCAACGCCGGGGACCACUCGGGCCUCCUGCUGCAGGCGUCUGCCUCUGGUAGGUGGCGUGAGGCCUCCUGCUGCUGCAGGCGUCUGCCUCUGGUAGGUGGCGUGAGGCCUCCUGCUGCUGCAGGCGUCUGCCUCUGUACGGAGCUGGUACGGGAGGUCGGCCAUCUGGCGGCCAGCGGUGGCCACUACAACGUGGCCUUCUUGUCCCACUUCAUCAGCGGCGACCUUCAGCGCUGCCUUCAGAUCCUCAUUGAGACCAAGCGACUGCCUGAAGCUGCCUUCUUUGCCAGGAGCUACCUCCCCAGCAGCGUGCCCCGGGUGCUGCGGCUGUGGAAGGCCGCCGCUGGGGACACGGUGGGCCCCACCCUCGCUGACCCCCGCCAGUACGACAACCUCUUCCCCGGCAUGACGGCGGCGCUGAAGGCGGAGCUCUUCUGCCGCCAGACGUACCGCCCCCUGCCCGCCUCUGCCUACCCCGGCGUCACGGCGAACGUGGACCGCGACGUGGCAGCGGAGGUGGCGGCGGCGGAGGCCUCAGGCGCCUUCGUCUGCCCCGCCGAGCUCGGCUACCUCGAUGACGACGAAGAAGAAAAUGUCCCCAGAGGGGACGACGACGCCCCCUGCCCGGGGGGGAAAAGCUCCCCCGACUUAUUCCAGGACGCCCCCAGCGGAGAGGAGAAAUGCCCCCCAACAACAGCCAGCACCGCCCCCCAGCCCCAGGACAGACUGGCGGCAGAUGCUGACCCGCUUAUUGAUUUUACCGACAAUUCAGGUGGCGGGGCUCCUGCACUCGUGCCCCAGGCAGGCAGGGACUCGCCUCUCAUACCUCCGCCAGCAGGAGGCAGUACAGCUGCCGCGCCUCCGCCAGCAGACGCUGAGAGGCUGCGGCUGGAGAUGGAGCUCGACCUGGACAUCGAUAACCUGCGCCUGGAGGAUAACUUGGAGGGCGCCGACGCCAACAUCUUGGACGACGAAGACCUGCUCGUCGACUGAACAAACCCCAGCAACUGCCAGCAUUAAAAACUUAUUUAUAAAUAAUAACUUUCCGCCUGAAGGAGCAGCAAUUCAGAAGAGAAAAAUGCCUUCACUGGAAUUUUCCACGGUUGGGCGUUGCUAUGUUGAAGCUCUUCUUUGAAUCAUUUUAUUUGUUAUCAUUAAUUAGUUGUUCCGUAUGAUUAAAGUUUGUGAUGGAAUCUAUGAUGGAAAUUAAGAGUAUGAAUGCAUUCCUUUCUUGAAAUGCGCUGUGCACUCUCAGUUAUUUUCUUCAAAUAUUGUCAGUGUAUGACAUGGCCUACGCAUUCAUAUUUUUAUCAGAAAAUAUACCAACACUUUUGUUACGUAAUGUAGUAAAGUAUUAAAGUGUGAGUAAUUGGUCGCUAAAUUAACCAAAUUUCAAUGAAUAAGAUUAAACGCUGUUCUUUUUGUCAGCUUCUAAAUAAAUGAAAGCAUUGAAAAAGUAAUAAAAUUGUCCUGAGAUUUUAUUAAGUAGCGAAGAAAUACAAAAUGAGCUACUUGAUUGAACGUAGAUAAUUUAUGAAAAGAAGUAUGGACUGUUAAUCCUUGCGGAUUUCGGGGCUUUAAAUGCUGUAGUAAAACGUUCAAAUUUGAAUAUAUUUGAACCCUCCCUCGUGGAUUAUGGACACGAGAAAAGCUACGUUAUUUUUUAUUUAGCACAUCGAUACGAUGGCGAAAAGUGAAACUAUUUAAUGAGCUUAUCAAUUGUUUGCAUGUUCCACAUUGCCUGCAUCUGGAGGCAAAUGUUUUUCUGUUACAUUGCGAUCGUCUUGAAUUGGUCGUUUAUUUUAUUAAAAGCUUUUCCAACACAA